UACAAAUUCCGGUUCCGCCAGUGCUACGCUGAAUGUUUAGUCACCACUGUUGUGGCAUAAUAUUGGGUUUCUUAGAUUUUUUCUUUCAUUUACUUUAAGAAAACAAAAUAGGGUAAAUCAUGUCCUGGGAAAAGAUUUUAACCAUCAUUGGCUGCCCAUUAGGACUGCUUUACAUUCUAAAGAUCAUUCUGUCUCACAGAAAGAAGCAGAAUUUGAAAGGGAAAGUUGUCUUGAUAACAGGAGCCAAUUCUGGAUUGGGGAAAGCAUGUGCUGUUGCAUUCCAUCAAGCUGGUUGCAAGGUUAUUUUGGCAGGAAGAAACAAGGGGGAGUUGGAUAAAGUGAGAGAAGAAAUUACAAAGAAGCAGGUGCCAGGUUCAUUCUCACCAGAGAUUCUUCUGAUGGAUCUUAUGAACUAUAGCAACAUGAGAGAAACGGUCUCCAAGGGAUUGAAACUUUUUGGACAGGUUGAUAUCCUCAUUAACAAUGCAGGGAUCAGCUACAGAGGGGAGAUAAGCAGCACCCAGAUACAAGUGGAUGAGAGAUUAAUGGCAGUUAAUUAUUUUGGACAAAUUGCAUUAAUCAAAGAAAUUUUACCUCACAUGAAGGAACAGGGAGGUGGAUCAAUUGUAGGCGUCAGCAGUGUACAAGGGAAAAUCACCAUUCCCUAUAGAUCAGCGUAUGCAGCCUCAAAGCAUGCUUUUCAGGCAUUCUGUGACACACUAAGGGCAGAGGUUUCCAGUGAUAAUAUACAUGUCUGUGUAGUGAGCCCAGGCUAUAUUCAAACCAACCUAUCCCAGAAUGCAGUGUGUGGAGACGGAUCAACAUACAACAAGAUGGACAGCACAACAGCUAGUGGAAUGAAGCCAAGUUUUGUAGCCCACAAAAUAUUACAAGCAGUGAAAUAUAGAGAAGAUGACAUUGUUCUAGCUCCCCUUCUACACAAACUUGUGAUAUUAAUCAGAACAUUUUUCCCUUCUCUAUUCUUUCUAGUAAUGAAUCUUAGAGCAAAGUCUGGUAAAAAAGAAUUUUCAAAAUUAAAGAAAUCAUGAUUAUAUAUAAAUAUAUAGAAAUUUAUUUAAGAAAAAUGCUUGUUCUUUCCUCGUGUUAUUAGCUUUCUUUUGUAAUCAAUGGUAAUUCUUUUCAAACUAUUCAAUAGCUGCAGGUCUGUAUCUCCCGGUCUGAAAAAAUUUGGAUGGACGACCUGGGAGCUACAGUGCCACCCAUAGUAAAAAUCUGCAAUUUACAGCGCACAAAAAAUUGUGCUAGAUUUGGACUGAUUAACCUCAUUUUCACACAAAUACUGUGAAAACAGUUAGUACCAUUAAAAUUUUCAGGCAAUUUACUGCUGAAAUCAUCACUUUACUUGCCUCAGACUUUCUCAUAAACAUGCUAACCGACCUCGGAAAAUGAAGUAUAUUAAUUUACGUCGAGAUCGAGAGUCGCCAUUUUCACGUGUAAACAAACUGCUCCACUUCACUAAACGGGAUUGGUGAUGGUGUUUUUAAAAAAGAAUAUCAGAGGCAAGUGAAGUGACGAUAUCUGUAGUAAAAUGUCCAAGGAAUGUUUUGGAAUCAAAUAUUUUUACAAAAUGUGUUUGGAAAUGAGAAAAAUCAGUCCAAAACUAGCGCAA